UGUAUAGGUCUAUGUACAUGUAUAUGUAUAUGUAUAGGUGCUCCUUUGCCCCCUCUGUCCUGUGAGUCCGCGCGGACGACGUGGGGGUCGUCGUGCAGAACCGCCGCAUUUUGCUGCGGCUCUGGCGCGUCUUCCGUGCUGCCGAGGUCCUUGCGGGGCUCUCCCUGAAGCUCCGCAAGUGCAAGGUCAUCCCCCUCUCAACGGCCCCUUCUGCCCUGAUCUCGCUGAGGCCACUCGCCGCUGGCUCGCGGAUGCGUUGCCUUCCUGGCGAGCCAUGGACAUCGUGCCCUUCUGCGCCAUCAUGGGCCUCGCCUCGUGGUCAGCGCUGCCCCCCAGCAGUAUGAUGGUGCUCAGCAUGGUGUUGCGCAUGCGGGCGGCGCUCACGACCCUCACGACCUGGAAGCCGCCCCUAGCCAAGCUCACGGCGAUGGUCGAGGAGCGCGGCACCCUGGCGGUGGUCGGGAGCGGGAGCCUCUCGCCGUUCUUUUGGCGCUCGACGCCGCUGGUCAUGCACGUGGAGGCGGCCUCGCGCGGCCACUUCGGCACGCGUGAGCUCUCUGAGGCUGCUGCCUGCGCCCUCGCAGCCCUCGAGAACCAGACUGGGCCUGAGAGGCUGCGUGUCCAGAGGCUUCUCUCCCCCUCCCUCCGUGUUUCGCUCUUCCCUGAUGGGGGGCCUGGCUCACGAGUGCUCGCCUACGUCGCUCCGAGGUUCGAGGCUGUCGCUUCUUUUGCGUUGGCUGCCGUGACGGCAUGUAUCAUUUCAUUCGCUGUUCAGUUUUGCGGGGCCUUGUGCAUCACCCUGCCGAGCCCCCUGCGCGCUUAGCCGCUCGCAUUGGCCUCUUUGGGGCACCGUUUCCUGAAGAGGUGGAGCGGAUUCUGCGCGCUUAUCACAUGUGCAAUGUUGUGCGCGCGGCUCCUGACCCUGGCCCUCUCGAUUCCGAGGCUGCCAGAGACCGCUUCUAUUGUGCUUUCCGCAGGGUUACACAGGCCCUGGUAGACCACUCCCGAGCGCCCUUCUAGUCUUAGUCGGACGUUCUGACCUGGAUGUCCAAGGUACG